CAAGCAUAAUUAUCCGUUAAUCUCAGAGCGGAACAGACCCUGCUAGCUAGGUCGGUGGAGCUCAAGCCUGGAAUUCACCUCCAACAAAAAGCUUCGUCACUGUUUCUCUCCUCUAACAUGUCCAUAAACCAAAUCCCCUGCUAUUCCCAUCUAAAACCUAUAUCCAACGUCUCCCCAUUUCCAAACUCUGCAAUCAAAUUUGGUUUGGGAUUUUCCACUGCUUCGCCCAGUUUUGGAGUGUGCUUGCGGUUUAGUUCUAGUGGUUCGAAUUUCUAUGCCACAAACGAUCAGUUCUUGAACCCAAAUUUCCGUUUCAGCAAUCGGAAACGACGUCGUUGCAGUUGGGUAAUCAAGGCUGCUGCCUCUGGGACUGAUUACUAUUCCACUUUGAAUGUUAGUAGGAAUGCCACAUUGCAGGAAAUCAAGAGCUCCUACAGGAAGCUUGCUCGUAAGUAUCAUCCAGACCUGAACAAGGGCCCUGGGGCAGAAGAGAAGUUCAAAGAGAUAAGUGCUGCAUAUGAGGUCCUAUCAGAUGAUGAGAAAAGAUCUUUAUAUGAUCGCUUUGGUGAGUCAGGUUUACAGGGAGAAUAUGAUGGUUCAGACUUUGGUUCACAGGGGAUGGAUCCUUUUGAAAUAUAUAACGCAUUCUUUGGCGAAUCAGAUGAAUUCUUUGGAGGACGGCGUGAAGCAGGUGGCAUUAACUUCAAUUUGAGAAAUAUGGGAAACCAGGACCUUGACAUUCGGUAUAACCUUUAUUUGAGCUUUGAAGAAUCAAUUUUUGGAGCACAGCGGGAAAUUGAAGUUUCUUGUUUUGAAACCUGUGAUAACUGUGGUGGAACAGGUGCUAAAUCUAGUAGCUGCAUAAAAAAUUGUGCUGAUUGUGGAGGUCGUGGAGGGGUGAUGAAAACCCAAAGAACACCAUUCGGAAUGAUGUCACAGGUAUCUACUUGCUCAAAAUGCAGUGGCAAGGGCAAGACAAUUACUGAUCACUGCCGAAAGUGUGGUGGCAAUGGUAAAGUAAGUUCAAAGCGAAGUAUGAAAGUGGAAAUUCCACCUGGCAUCAAUAAUGGAGCUAUGAUGCAAAUUCAAGGGGAGGGUAAUUUUGACAAGAAAAGGGGUGUUGCUGGUGAUCUUUUUAUAACCAUCCGUAUCAAUGAAAAGCACGGAAUUAGGAGGGAUGGCCUCAAUCUUUACUCAAAGAUCAAUGUUGAUUAUACGGAGGCAAUAUUGGGAGCUGCAUUGAAGGUUGAAACUGUUGAUGGAAUGAAGGAUCUUCAAAUUCCCUCUGGGAUUCAGCCUGGAGACACAGUAAAAUUAUCGAAGAUGGGAGUUCCAGACAUCAAUAAACCUUUUGUUCGAGGUGAUCAUCACUUUAUUGUGAAUGUUCUGAUCCCAAAAGAAAUCAGUGACAAGGAACGAGCACUCAUUGAGGAAUUGGCUUCACUUAGGUCUUUUAGCAAACGCAAUGUAGCUUCUUCCAACAGCUAUGGGACAUUCAAAAGCAAAGUUGGCGAGAACGUUAGUGAUGAAAAAGGCAAUGCUUCAAGUCAUGGAAUCAAAUCUGUCACAUCUUUUUGGAAAUCGAUUACAGACUUCUUGGGGCGGAGGCAAUCUCGAGAAGGGUUUACAUCACUUACUCUGGAAACAUCAGGAUUGUUGUGGAAUUCUAGGAAGCCAAGUUUCUCCAUCACAUGUUCACUAAUAGCAGUGUUCAUUGUAACCUGUAUUUUGACCACCAUACGAAGGAUUGAUGAGUACACAUUAUCACAACGAAGAAACUCUUCCCCUCGGUGUCUGCAGAACAUAAAAGAACAGCCUUGAAAGAUAAUUUCAGCCUAGGAUAAUGAUUAAACAGAUACACUUUGGUGAAUUCUUUGCCCAGUCCUGGAUAAGAGGUGCAAUAUUGGAUGCGUUUGUUUGUUAUGCCUGCAGAGUUUAAGGUCAAGCACGAAUCUGAUCCAGCAUCAUUAAGACCUGACUUGAAAGUGAUUACUGCAAGUCACUGCUGCAUUGUCCAGUUUCAAGAGCAGUUUACAGGAGAGAGAGAGAGAGAGGGAGAGCCGUCCAGAUGUACUAUUAACAGGUUAUGAGUACUAUGGUAUGAAUUGAAUGUUCUUCAAAUUUGAACUUAAGUCGGCAGUUUUUUCCCCCUACCUCGAAAGGAAGUGUAUUGCUAACAUGAUCUCAUUUACAAUCAAAUAUUAAAUUAUAUCAGCCUGAAAUCUCAUUGACCUGAAACAGCUACAAGUUGGCAAUUGCAUGAUUUGGACUUCUGUGCUGAAACUGAUGGUGUUCAUAUGGAGAAUUUUUUUUUUCUUUUUUAAUUUACAGUCAUGGGUAUAUUCUUGAGUUAGUUUUCGCACUUCGAAAUUUAGGUGUUCUCUUUGGAUGAUUUAAAGAACUUUGAUUGAUAAGGAAUGAGCUUCUAUUCUUGCCAA